AAUCGCUUAUCAAGCGCUGUAAUUUUAAGGUUUUUCCGUAAUCCGAAAACAUCGUGAACCUCUGGUUGGUAUUUGUUGUGUUACCACAAAGACGGCACAAGUUUUUGUCAAAUGUUGCAAAUUCCCCUGACUGUGCCAUAUUUAUAACAUUUGACACAUUCAAGUUUGCCGCGGAAAACUGCGUAAAAGUUCAAAAAAAGGGAUUGGACAAAUUGAGCAGCCAAUCAAGAAAAAGAAAUUUUCUUACUGGGACAGAUCUCGCCAACAAGAGAUCUGGGAACGAGAUUACGUGAACCCUGUGCGCUGCGAACGGAAGCGAACGGAACCUGAAAAUGGCGCUUGUUUCGACCAACAUCAACGAAACAUUUGAUCAAGAAUGUUUUGAUGUUGAUGACUUUGAUUUAGAUGACAACACAAUAAUUUCAUUGGAAGAAACCUUACAAAGCAUAGAAAAAAGCUUUCUGAGCAAUCCAAGAAAUUACACACUAUUCUCCGGUGGUGCAAGUGGCAGUGAUACGUAUUGGCAAAAUUUAGGUGCCAAGUACGGCGUCCGUGUUAAAGCAUUUUCCUUCGCGGCUCAUGGCACAAGAAACACUGCUAGAAUUGUUCUAAACGAUGAACAGUUGAAACAGGCUGAUGAAUUCUUGCAUAAAGCUAACAAGACUCUAAAAAGGCAUUUCCCAACUAGCAAAAGCUUCGUAAAUAACUUACUUCGUCGUAAUUGGUACCAAGUGAAGGACACAAACGGUGUAUUUGCCGUUAGCAGACUUAGUGCGAGUCGAAGCACAGUUGAAGGUGGUACAGGAUGGGCGGUACAAAUGGCUGUGGACUCCAAAAAGCCCGUAUAUGUAUUCGAUACAGUGAGCAGUUCGUGGCAACGGUACGAUGAUAGGAGGAAGAAAUUUAUGUCUUGUGAAGCGCCAAGGCUGACUUUAAAUUUUACAGGUAUCGGGACAAGGACUUUACCAGAUAAUGGAAAAGCCGCUAUUGAACAAAUCUUUGAGAGAACUUUUGGAAAACCAUGAAGAUUCAUCAGAAAGUGGUAUGAGAAUAUUCUUAUUAGGACAAAGACAAUGACGCACAGUUAUAUAACUGGCUAAAAAUGGUGGUGUGCUA